UCUUUCUCAUGGCCUAGGUGUUUUCAAGUUGUAUUCUCUGUUUGUGUGGGUUGGCAAUGUGAGUUUGUAUGUCAGUUUUGAGUGUGAACAAAUAUGCAUAAGAGAGCUUCAUUCCAUAAAUUUUGUGCCAUCCAUUGUAUCAACUUCCUCCCUUAUUUGAAUCUUUCUAUGCAUAUGGGGCAAAACCUUAACUGCAUCUGUUGUGUUAUGUCCCAUAGGAAUUUCUGUAUAAUCCUGAAAUGGAAAAGGCUUCUCCAGAAUGCUACUAAUCAUCACCUGGUUUCUUUUAAUUUGAAUGUCCUUGAUGGUAUCUUUAUUAGUAUGAAUGUCAUUGAUGUUAGUUCUGAGACUGUCGAAUAGUCCAUUUGGUGGGCACUGCAUGUAUUUUAUCAAAGCUUUUAAAAUUAUUGAUCAUGAAUAUAUCUUGGUCUGAAGACAACCUCUCAACAAGUUGCUUUUUGAGAUGAGGUAUCUAUUCUUGAGAUUAAGUAGGAAUGCCCCUGACGUAUUACGUGGCAUUUACUGCACAAGGUGUUAAAUUUUCUUUGGUAUUUUUCAUGCAGAUAAUAGAUGGAGAUUACCUAACUUCAGCUGUUUUGCAGUGCUCAAGAUUUAAACUUUAGAGUUUGCAUUAUUGCUUUCAUGGAGAUUUGUGCCUUUGUCAUGCAAAUUGCCAAAAAUUAAUGUUAUUGAGCUUUUUAUAGUUUGGGAUGUGUCGUGUGGGAAAGAUGAUGGAUUAAUUGGUGGGGCUACUAUUCUUCUAUUCAACGGCAAAAUGCAACUUAAAACGGGGAAACAGAAACUUAGGCUCUGGUUAGGAAAACAAGCAGAUGGAUCAUUUCCAACAACUACACCUGGAAAGGUCCCUCGGGAUGAGCGUGGAGAGUUAGAGCGUUUGGAAAAGCUUGCAAAUAAGUAUGAAAGGGGACAGAUUCAACCUGUUGAUUGGCUAGAUCGUCUCACAUUCAAGGCUAUGGAGAGAAUCAAGGAAAGGGAAAGCUUGAAAAAUGGAAGCUCUCAUUUAUACUUAGUUGUUGACUUCUGUAGUUUUGAACAUCGAGUUGUUUUUCAGGAAUCAGGGGCAAAUUUCUUAUUACCUUCUCCAAUAGCGUCAUCAAAUGAACUAGUUAUUGUGUGGGACCCUGAAGUGGGAAAGAUAAACCCUUCUGAGCACAAGCAAUUGAAGCUUGCAAGGAGUUUAACUCGUGGUAUCAUUGACAGGGAGCUUAAGCCAAGCUCUAAUGAACGAAAGUCAAUACAACGAAUUUUGAAAUAUCCACCUACAAGGGCUUUGAGUGGAGAUGAGAGGCAGCUCCUUUGGAAAUUUCGCUUCUCAUUGAUGUCUGAGAAGAGGGCCCUCACAAAAUUUCUUCGAUGUGUUGAAUGGAGUGAUGUUCAGGAAGCAAAGCAGGCAAUAGAACUUAUGGGCAAGUGGGAGAUGAUUGAUGUCUGCGAUGCUUUGGAGCUUCUAUCACCACUUUUUGAAAGUGAAGAGGUUCGUGCAUAUGCUGUUAGUGUUCUUGAAAGAGCUGAUGAUGAAGAGCUCCAAUGUUACUUGCUUCAACUAGUUCAGGCACUUCGAUUUGAACGCACUGAUAAAUCUCGCCUUUCUCAAUUCCUUGUGCAGUGUUCUUUACGUAAUAUUGAGUUGGCUAGUUUUCUACGCUGGUUUGUUGCUGUGGAACUUCACGAUCCUGCCUAUGCAAAACGAUUUUAUUCUACUUAUGAGUUCCUAGAAGAAAAUAUGAUGAAGUUGACAGCUGGUGUAAAUGGAGAAGAAGAUGGAUAUAAAAUGUGGCAGAGUUUGGUACGCCAGACAGAAUUGACAGCCCAGUUGUGUUCUAUAAUGAGAGAUGUGAGAAAUGUUCGCGGCAAUACCCAAAAGAAGAUUGAAAAGCUUAGACAUCUGCUUUCCGGUCUUCUUAGUGAACUUACUUACUUUGAUGAGCCAAUACGAUCGCCCUUGGCUCCAAGUGUCCUUAUCACUGGAAUUGUGCCUUCAGAGUCAUCAAUAUUCAAAAGUGCACUGCAUCCUUUGCGACUGACUUUCCGAACAGCCAAUGGUGGACAAUGCAAGCUCAUAUUUAAGAAGGGUGAUGAUAUUCGGCAAGACCAAUUGGUUGUUCAAAUGGUAUCUCUAAUGGAUAGAUUACUAAAGUUGGAAAAUCUUGAUCUGCACUUAACUCCAUAUAAGGUGCUGGCAACCGGACAAGAUGAAGGCAUGUUGGAAUUCAUACCAUCCCGUUCUUUGGCACAGAUUCUUUCAGAGCAUCGAAGCAUUAUAAGCUAUCUGCAGAAAUUUCAUCCUGAUGAACAUGGAUCAUUUGGAAUUACUGCCACUUGUCUUGAAACCUUUAUAAAAAGUUGCGCUGGCUACUCUGUUAUCACAUAUAUACUGGGAAUUGGAGACAGACACCUUGACAAUCUUCUGCUUAGGGAAGAUGGACGCCUUUUCCAUGUUGAUUUUGGUUUUAUUCUUGGCCGAGAUCCUAAGCCAUUUCCACCGCCAAUGAAACUUUGCAAAGAAAUGGUUGAAGCUAUGGGUGGAGCAGAGAGCCAAUAUUAUACAAGGUUCAAAUCCUAUUGUUGUGAAGCAUACAACAUUCUCCGUAAAUCUAGUAACCUCAUUUUAAAUCUUUUCCAUCUUAUGGCCGGUUCCAACAUUCCAGAUAUAGCAUCUGAUCCUGAAAAAGGCAUCCUUAAGCUCCAAGAGAAGUUUCGACUGGACUUGGAUGAUGAGGCCUGCAUACAUUUCUUCCAAGAUCUUAUCAAUGAGAGUGUUAGUGCCUUGUUUCCUCAAAUGGUUGAGACUAUUCAUCGGUGGGCUCAAUACUGGCGUUGAUCAUCAUAAAAAAGUUUAGUAUUUUCAAUACCUGUUGUAAAUGCAUAGGUAUAUUUAGCUCGCCUAUUUUGAGGUGCCCUGUUAAUGGUUUGAGUUUUCGCAUGUUGUGGCAAACAGAUUUCUCAAUAGAUGAAACGGACUGGGCCAAAAACAACUGACAAUAUCUGACAGGUUGUCAACAACUUCUGUGCUCUUUUAGAUAAUACACGUCGAGAAUGUUCUGUUUUUUAUACCAAGGCUCUGUGCAACAGCCAUUGAGUUUGAGGAUGUAAACCUGAUCUACUAUUGUGAAUGAUUGUAAAUAUAUUCUUUUUUGCGGUUGUAUCUUUCGAUUUAGGUUUGAACCGUGUGGUGUCAUGGCUAGUUUCAACCUCUUGCAUUUGCAUCCCAAGCCCAAUGUUGAAAAAUCGACGGCGGAUCUCAGUUCUAAUUCUCGCGGCCAUUGGGUUGGGUCAACUAGAACCAAAUUUCAACUGACAGGUCGGAUUGAAUCCCCUUCCUUUCUAUUGUGGGUAGGUCUGUCAAAAGAACAAUGUUUCGCAAUCUAUCCCUUGAAAUAUUUAUUUGAUUAAAAAAUAUUAUGCAUAUAAAUUCUUUUAAAUCUGAUCAUUAUCGUUUAAAAUUCGUUGGUUAAGAACGAAUCGUGGUUUGAUUUCGUUGGUUUAUCAGUUCAAUUCAUUGCUUGCGAGAUGAAUUUUAUAUUAUACUAGUGGGAACAUUCGUGUGAUGC